AUGGGCGACUCUGCCUUAACUGGCCUAGAGGCAGCAGGUGUGGAUGCUGUUAACCCUUUAGGGAGCUCCAAUGGUAGCUUGUCCACGAGCAGUGCCUGGGGCAUCAGUGGCAGCGGUCCGUGGCUGUUGGCGUGCAUGUUAACCCUCAUCAUCCUGAUGACGGCUUGUGGAAACACUCUGCUGAUCACUCUGGUGUUUGCCCAGCGCUCCUUACGCAACACCUCCAACUGUUUCCUGGUGUCUCUCUUCCUGUCGGACCUGAUGGUGGCGCUGGUGGUGAUGCCGCCAGCCAUGCUCAAUGUGCUGUGCGGGGCCUGGGUGUUGUCGCCGGGCUUUUGCCCCGUGUGGCUCUGCUUCGACGUCAUGUGCUGCAGUGCCUCCAUUCUCAACCUAUGUGUGAUCAGCCUGGACCGCUACCUCCUCAUCAUCUCGCCUCUGCGGUACAAGCAGAGGAUGACCCUUCCCCGGGCCCUGCUUCUGGUGGGAGGGGCCUGGGGUCUGGCCGCCCUCGCCUCCUUCUUGCCCAUCAAGAUGAACUGGCACAGCUUGGGUCACCGAAGGUCACCCUCCGAUGGCCUGUCCUUCCAGUGUCGUCUGCGGGUCACCCUGCCCUUUGCCCUGGUGGCAUCCAUCCUCACCUUCUUCCUGCCAUCCAGCGCUAUCUGCUUCACCUACUGUCGGAUUCUCCUGGUGGCACGGAGACAGGCAAGGCGAGUGGCGGCGCUAAGUCACCCUCCGUACCCGCAACAUUCGCCCAGGGGGCCUUCUCAGCCUCCCUCACCAGGUGGGGGCGCCGCGGGACAUGCUCACCAUGACAGAGAAGACUACAGUCAUCAGGAGCGCUCUAUGUCACGCCAAGUACCGUUGUCAGUGAACAGCGAGCGGCGGCUGGCCCACAGGCAGGGUCGGAGGGCAGUGAAGGCCAGUCUGACCCUGGGAGUCCUGCUGGGCCUCUUCUUCAGCGCCUGGCUGCCCUUCUUCAUCACCAACAUGGCCCAGGCGGUAUGCGAGUGUGUUCCCCCGACACUCUUCGAUGCCAUCACUUGGCUGGGCUACUGUAACAGCACCAUGAACCCCAUUAUCUACCCGCUGUUCAUGCGUGACUUCAAACGGGCCCUGGGGCGACUGCUGUCCUGCUGCUCUACCCGCUCGCCCCGCAGACCCUCGCCGGAGCUCUCCCUCUGCAACUCUGGUGAGCCCAACCUGCCCACAGAGCCCCCCUCCCUGGCUUCCGAUCCCCGACAGCCCCCCGCCACCGCCACAGACGCCGUCAACUUGUAUGACGCAGAGCAUGCUGGGAUUGAGCUGCCCUUGCUGCUGCCUAAUCAGGUGGACACGCUGGACUGAAGGGGAUGAUGAAG